AUGUCUCGAACACGCCAGCCAGUGGCAUCAAGUUCUCUCCAAAUCACCGCCGAGUCUAGAGAUUCAUCAACAACCCGCCUCCCCGCGACCCUCAGAUUACGGGCUGAAGAAGCGCCACCCGACACCAGCGAAGAAACCUCGUCCUCUCGGCGAAUCCGAUGGAGUGAAGACGUUGUGGACAACGAAGGUAUGGGCAAAAAAAGUUCGAAAGUAUGCUGCAUCUAUCACAAAGCUCGACCUGUCGGAGAAAGUAGUUCCGAGGAGUCCUCAUCCAGCUCUUCCGACAAUGAUAGUGACAGCGAAGAUGACUGGCACUCCGCGCGAGCCGAUCGGGCCCGUAACUCUCACAACCGUGGGCGUGAACCGCAGGGCGAGCACGCGUCCCACCAUGAUGAAGGGUGUUGUUCUGAAGGCGACGACUCGAAGCCGAAACGUAGGCGGAGAAAGCCAAGUCCAAAUGCGUACGAAAAGAUGCCGAAAGCGUCGAAGAAUCAGAGUCAGAAUCACCCGCGGGGUACUUGA